UGAAACGUGCGAGUGUCCAUAGAAUUUUCUCCGAACCGCGUACGGGACGACGUCAGAGUCCUCGUGCACAGCACUGUACACGGCGCCUGUGCUCUUCAUUCGGCUUACGCUGUUGUGAAGCCCGUGAGAGCGUGCAGAGCAAGGACGGCACACACACACACACACACACACACACACACACACACACACCCGGAAGCAGCGCGUCGAGCCGGGGUGGGGGGGCGGUUGAGCGACACGCUAAAGAAGCGGCACAGCGCGUUUCGGCGACACACGCACGCACGCACACACACACACUCCGGCCACAUGCGUUCGUGUCCCCCGUGCUGCGUCCCUCCGUCCGACUCCGCGCUCCUGUAAAAAAGCGCGUUCCCGCGCGUCGUCCCACCGUCCGCCCGCCUCCAGACCGACCGACCGAGCGAGCAGACGGUCCGGCGACGUCAGUUGGAGGGCUCCCGCCACGGGGACGCAGGCGCGCGACACUUCUUCGGCUGCAGCCUCGAGACUGACUCCGCCGCGGAUCGAUCGUUUCGCAUCAAGCUAAAGGAUGACCGUGAAGCUGGACUUUGAAGAGUGUCUGAAGGACUCGCCGCGGUUCAGGGCUGCCAUAGAGGUAGUGGAGGGCGAUAUCAGCGACUUGGAGACGAGAUUGGACAAGCUGGUGAAGCAGUGUCACUCUAUGCUGGAGGCCGGAAAAGUGUACUGCCAGAACAGCAGAAACUUCAUCACUGGCCUGAUGGAGUUGGGGCAGCACUGUUCUGGGGACAGUGUGAUAGCGGAGUGUCUGAAUAAGUUCUCCAGCAAGUUGUCCAGUAUUCUAGAUGCUCAAGCGGAAGUGAUCGAGACCACACAGAAGUCUGUAAAGAUGAAGCUGCAGAAUUUUGUGAAGGAGGAUGUGAAGAAGUUUAAGGACGUAAAGAAAGAGUUUGAGCGCAGCAGUGAGAGCCUGGAGGCAGCGCUGGCAAAAAAUGCUCAGGUUCCAAGAGGAAAGCAGCAUGAGGUGGAGGAGGCUGGACAGACCUUGCUCAAUGCUCGCAAGGCCUUCCGCUCUGAGGCUCUAGACUACGUUCUCCAGAUCAAUGUUAUUGAGUCCAAGAAGAAGACAGAUAUCUUGAUGGCGAUGCUGUCUCUGAUGGAUGCCCAGGCCCAGUUCUUCCAGCAGGGCCACCAGUCCCUGUCAGAGCUGGAAAAUUAUCGCAGGAAUCUGAGUGAGCAGCACACACACCUAGUACUGAACUCUGCACGGGAGAAACGGGAUAUGGAGCAGCGACACGCCGCCAUCAAAACAAAGGACAUGUCCUAUGAUGACUCCAUUAUGGACUUCAGCCCAGAUGCUGCCAGUGGCAUUGCCAUGGAGGGGUACCUGUAUAAGAGGGCUAGUAAUGCCUUCAAGACAUGGAGCAGGCGCUGGUUUUCCAUACAGAAGAAUCAGCUUGUGUACCAGAAGAAAUUUAAGGACCAGCCAACAGUGGUGGUCGAGGACUUGCGGCUAUGCACAGUGAAGCCAUGCUUUGAUCAUGAGAGGAGGUUCUGCUUUGAGGUUGUGUCCCCCUCCAAAAGCUGCCUUUUGCAGGGUGACUCUGAGCGACAACAGCAGGGUUGGAUCAGUGCUGUCCAGAACAGCAUUGCAUCUGCCUUUCAGGACCACAGAGAAGACACUCACAGCCCGAGAGGUCUGGAGCGAACUCGUUCCGUGUCGGCUGGGAGCGGGAUGGUGUCGGGGGAGCAGCCGAAUGCUGGACAUGAAGCUCUGGAGGAGGUGCAGAAGAUCACAGGCAACAAUCAGUGCUGUGACUGUGGAGAGCUGGGUCCUGACUGGGCUUCUAUUAACCUGGGAAUAACGCUCUGUAUCGUUUGCUCAGGAAUACACAGGAGUCUAGGUGUCCAUUUCUCUAAGGUGCGCUCUUUGACGCUGGACUCUUGGGAACCUGAACUCAUCAGGCUGAUGUGUGAGUUGGGUAACACCGCUAUCAAUAGAAUUUAUGAGGCACGCAUUGAUGAGAUGACCAUCAAGAAGCCCAACCCAUCAAGCCCCAGGCAGGAAAAAGAGUCAUGGAUCCGAUCUAAAUACGUGGAGAAGAAGUUUAUCCAGAAGCUUCCAGAGACGGGACGCUCAGUGCCACUGAGACGCUCCAGUGCCAGACGUGACCGCGCCAACACCCAGGACAGGCCUGUAGUACGACCCACUGUCAAACCCAAACCCAAUCGUGCCACCUUGCCACGUCUUACAGGGGUGAACCAGAGUGACCUCAGCCAAAAGAACAAUACUGGCAUUCGCAAAGAUGACGAAGAAGAGGACCUCAGUGGUCUCCAUCCGGGGGCACUGUUGUACCGAUCUGCGGCGCUGCAAAACUUCCCUGUCAUGGCUGACGCUCUGGCCCACGGUGCCGAUGUAAACUGGGUGAACGCUGCGGAGGACAGCAGCACCCCCCUCAUACAGGCUGUGUCCGCAAACUCCCUGGCAGCCAGUGAAUUCCUGCUGCAGAAUGGAGCCAAUGUGAACCAAGCAGACUCUAACGGGAGAGGGCCCCUUCAUCACGCAACAAUACUUGGUCACACAGGGCUGGUGUGUUUGUUCCUAAAGCGCGGAGCGGAUUACAAUGCCAGAGACAAAGACCAGAAAGACCCGAUCACCAUCGCAGUGGAGAAUGCCAACGCCGAUAUUGUCACCCUGCUCCGUAUCGCCAAAAUGAAUAAGGAGAUGCGGGAAAUGGAUGGUGCCUUUGGCCAAUCAGGUCAAUCCGGGGGGCUGGGACACAUGGGAGGGGGUGGGGGUGGGGCAGGACAGCCCAAGAAGGGCUUUCAGGCUCUUAAGAACCAUCUCAGUGGCUGGGCACUGGGGGGAGCAGAGUGAGUAACUGGCAGGGGGUAGGCCUGUAGGGUUUGGUGUAAGGGGAGCAGAAGAACUGAUGGAGAGAAGAGGACAUAUGAAGACGCAGCGAUAAAGAGCACUUACUGAGCCAGCACCACACUGAAAUUCACUUUGCACUUUGAAUUAAACACACAGUCAACCAGCACUUUACUAUCGUGGUAAUCUUUGUACAUAGUUGAUUUUACAAACUUGUAAUACUCACAACGCUAGUGAUCUGCAGUGAGAAACCAGAUUGUAUCAGGAGGGAGACCUUACAUGGAGAACGUGUGAUCCAACUCUUAACUUCUUGUGAACUACACUGUACACUUUUGCAAAGGUCAGCUUGGCCAUAACCCAUCUAGUUAUUAAGGACAGCUGUCAGCCGUUUAUCAAGCUUAACACGGUAGCCUUACAGUCUCUGCAGGUGCCUGCAGCCUCGCCUUCUCAGCAGGCCUCUAGUGUGUCUCGCACAAAGACAGUCUGCACACAGGAAACAAACUGUCGCACAAUGCUGACCUGAAACCCAGUGGUUUCACUGCUCUGCUCCCACAGACUCCUCCUGUGUGUGUAAUUCUGAACACUAAGGUUCAGUUUACCUGAACUGGAUUAUUUCACUAUGUCUUGUUUAGUGUCUCUGGAAUAUUUAAAUAUAGCUCCUUUUUUAGAGGGGUGUUGUGUCGAGAUUGGAGUGAAGUACUUUACGCUCUCUGGAGGCAAAACAGCCUUAGCCACACUCCUAACGUGUGUUAUUGUGUUACGCUGUUAGUCAGUGUGGCAGCCAUUCACCUUCACGGUGUGACAGUCAGCAGUUUGGGACUCAGAUCUCAUCUUCACUUCAUAAUGAAAAUGCUGUUAAAUGGCCUGUAGUUCCACCUACAAGUGAGGUUCCUGAGAGGCACAGAGGCACCGCAACAGCCUCAGGGAUAGCCCUCCAGAGCUUGGCUGCUGGGCCUGGGCUGGAGCCGUUCCAGGUGUGGAUUUGAGAGCGCUGGUGUGCGAUGUGGAGACUAGUGGAGCACAUCUCAUCUGAUAAUCCUUUGCCAGCAAGCAUUUCCUGCUGGGGAGCAACAUUCGUUAUCUCCAUGCUAGGGAGCACUUCUGCCUCCCAGUGUGGCCUCUUCUCCUCGUUCCCCCCAUGGCACCCCCCACCUCGCCACCCCCAAGUUGCAGUGGUCUUCACUGUCCUCUAUGUGUCUGUGUGUCCGUCUGUGGGUCCUAUGAGAUGCCAGCCCAUCUACGCUGCUUGCGCAGUCUCUGUUGUGUCCCGCCGCCCCGCCAUGCCCCUGCAAAACAGGUAACAAACCGCUAGCUCUGAGCCUCACCCUGACCUCCCUCUCUCUCUCUCUCUCUCUCUCUCUCUCUCUCUCUCUCUCUCUCUCUCUCUCUCUCUCUCUCUCUCUCUCUCUCUUCCUCCCUCCCUCUCCUCUCACCCAGCACCAAGGUCCACUCCAGGUUGUAUCACAGCCCUCGCACGCUUGCGUAUGUGUAAAAUAUGUAGCGUGCAGUGCUUUUGGUCUGGCCCCAUGUGGCUGGACACACACAAACACAUGAACCUCGACUGGAUCAAGGUGCAUGUUAACAACUGGGGUGUGUGUCUGUAUGUGUGUCUGUUUAUGCAUCCCAUGUUCUGGGAGUGACAUGAUCAGCAUACAUACCCAGAGACAAAUGAGGGGAAAAAGAGCCACUUCGUGUUACUGUCACAGCUGUGUGUGACUGCAGUGAUGCUUGCAUGCUUUGAAAUGCAUGGAGUUUAUGGUGGAAGAAGCGGAGUCAUAUUUUCACCAAUACAUGAUAUUUUAGCCGCUAGAGGAUGGGAUUUGGUGCAUAUGUGUGAAAUACUGACUACUCUUUCUCCCCACUUUUUACCUUUACUUCCCCAGGUGAUGAAACAUAUCAUGAUAUUUUCCGAGACUUUUCCCAGAUGGCCUCAAAUAAUCCCGAGAAGCUGAAAAGACGAAGCGCAGACAUCAAAUGAUGCUGAGCACCAGGUGUCCCUGUUGCUCCUCAGCCUUACUGUCACACACUGCUCUUCCGCCAUCUCCAUGAUGCUUUCUUCUAAUCAUCAGUUUGAUAAGUCUCAUCUACUUUGCAGAGCUGCAUGCACAUAGUGCACACCACCAAUUUUUAUGCUUUCAUCCUUAUUUCACCUUUUUUCAGGUUAUUCAUUUACAUGAAUAUGUUAGACUGUUGUAUCCCUGUCUACAGAGCAGAGCAUAAUGGAACAGAAGGCUUAAUUAAAUCAAUCUCAUACUUAAUAAAAUAAGUGAUCCUUUGCACAGGCAAGUGAGUUGGACUAUCUCUGUCACCUGUAAGAAACCCAUAUCAAACUGAUAAGAAAAGAAAUUACAACGUGUAUGUCAGUCAUGCGUAUUACACAUAAUUCCCUUCCAAAAUGUAGAGCAGUGUGUGGUGGGAUUCUCAGUCUGAGAUAGAGUAGCACUGCAGCCCACCUCUCUGCACUGCGGGUGUGGCUAAAACAGAGGUUGUGAGCAUCAGUUCAUUUGUCAUGACUGAGCAGGAAGCUUGAUGGACAAUAGACCUUAAGAAGCAGGGGACCCCAUCACUGAAGGAGCAAUACUGAGUCUCAGGGUCACAGUUAACUUGUACGCUUAAAUGCAUAUUAUGCGUAGUUAGUUUUAGAAAGAAUGUAACAAAUUUAUCUCUCUCAUAAGGUCCGUUUGUCUUUGAAGAA